AUGAUGAAACAGGAAGGAAAGAGGGAGGAGGAUGAAGAUGGUGGGGAGGAGGAGAAAGAGAAGGAAGAAGAGGAUGAGGAAAAAAAUUUUUACUACUUAUUAGGCGACAUCCUCAAUAACAGCUUAGAGAAGGAGAAUGUUUCUUUGCCACCUCCAUUAAACAUCACUAAAUCAUAUCAAAACUUUAAUAUUUGUUGA